AUGUCGUCACCAGGCACGUCCCAAACGGACCAGGAGGGGUUUGUAACAAUGGAUAGUGAUUCUGACAUGUUUCCCGCUGCCGAGUCGACGGCAGGAAUGCGGAGUCCGCCCCCCCGGGCCUUCGAUAAAACACGUGAUGCAAUUUGUUUUCCGCACCGUCUAAAAGAAUCGCUACAACAAAAGGCGGUUGCGGAUGAUCUUUACAGUUUGAAUUUGAACAUAGGCAAGGCUGAAUGUACUAUAAAGGCGUCCAACGCUCGCUGCUUUGGCAGCGAUGCGAGAACUUGCGUGAUGGGCGCCAAUAAAAGCUCCGCGGGUGCUGAUAAUGAGAGCUAUGUAGAAGAGAACACUGAACGCAGUCUGGAUACGGCAGUUCCAGUUGAGGAUUCCGUUGCCGGAGGUCAGGAAGUUACGAUCGACCGAGAUCAUUGCUUUGGGGCGUUUGCGUCUAACGAUGUGAACGUGGAUGCCCCCUCGACCCUGAGGCGAUUUGUAUCGCAUAUGGAUCUGCGUAUCACCGACUACUUCACGCAAGCGCAAUGCUACGGUAGUUACGUGCUCUACUCGCUGCACUUCAACGACUUUGGGGUCGAGAGGGUGGUGACACGCCGUUAUUCCAGCAUGUGUUACUACGACUGCAAGUUGCGCGAAGCUGGUUACACGCCGCCAGUUUCACUCCCAGAGAAGCGGUUUUGGGGCAACACGGAGGCCCGCUUUCUCUCGCAGCGGUACCAGGGGCUGAAGAUAUAUUUCUCGCAGCAGCUGCGUUACCCCAGUUAUGUGCAGCUGUCCUUGCUGUACAUGUAUCUCGGUUGCGACAAGGAGUCUCUUUUGUACCUUAAUCUGGUAACGGCGAGGACUAGGGAGAAAAAACUAACGGCACUGACACUCCUGUUUAGGUAUAUAAUGAUGUCCUCCGCAGAACGCGUUGCGUUCCUCAAACGGGUAGUGCCGGCCUACCACACCUGCUUCAAACACUUCUCAGCCGCCGCUGAUGAUGACGCAUAUAUGGACGACAUCCCUGCUGACUACCGGCUCUCCCACCCGUCGGUGGUGGCGUCACUGCUUGAGUGCCUGGCAUCUAACGACGCAAAGGCGGUCUGUGAGGUGUGCGGCAUAUUGCUCUGGAUGCUCCAGCGCGAGGAUAUCUUCCGCUACAGCGUUUUGAAGGUGGAGACCAUUGCUCACGUGACCAAGGCAGUGUCCCGCUUAUUGGUUAGCAAUAAGAUGGUUGACCUCGACUUGCCGAUCGACCGCUUCCGCAACCCACUUGGAAUUCGCCUGCUGGCUUCAGACCAGGGCGCCAUCGCCACCGUUUGGAAUAUCGUCUCUUACUUCGUGGUGAACUCCGUUAACCUCCUGCCGGAAGCUGCCAUCAAAUUUUUGGACAACAGCUCGAUCGAGAAGCUGAUCGAUUUGGUUGACCGCAGCGAUCAUGGCGUGACCCGCUGCAUCGCGCUUUGGCUGUUAUGGAUCGGCAUGUGUGACGACCAUGUGAAUCACUCUGUGGAUCGCGAUGCUCUGGGGUUGUUGCUGAAAAAGCUCUACGGUUCCACGGAAACAACGCUUAGGGUAAUGUGCGGUUUGUUGCUGGUGUCUUUGAUAUCGGGAGGCUGGUUCCGUGACGAUGAGAAGCCGCGUGCCACGGUAUACGUGCUAAACCUGUUGCCCAGCUCGCACGGCCUGGACGCCUUCGUCUGCCAGCAGAUAUUCGCUCACCAUUCCGUCAAACUGUUCGCCGCUUUGCUGGGCGACUUGUCGCUGUGUUCCGGCACUCGUCUUUUUUUGGUUUCCGUGCUGCUGCAGCAUUUGACGUUCGGGUUCGAGCCCUCGCAACAGACAGCCUCGUUGUCCCAGCUAUGCGACGUCGACUACGGCGAGAACGUGUUCCGGCUAUCGCACGCCCUAUUCGGCGAAGAUGACCCCGACUAUCGCGGCGACUUGAGGGCGAACAAGGAUAUGACCUUUGGCGAGAAGUUCGCGUCGCUGUAUUCGCUGAAGUACGGCGCCCUUACCGCCGACAUUUCGGACACCCUUUACAGCAUCAUUGGGCACCCCCCAGCCGAUGGUAUGACACACUUGGUGGAUUCGGGCGACAGUGAUUACUCCCAGCGGCUUUGCCAGUCGACGGCGUUUUGCCUGCUUCUCCUGCCGUUUAGCUGUGUGCCGAAGGAGGAUGGUGACUACUUCGCCGUUGAUUUUGACCCCCAGUCCGCUCGGGCCUACUAUCGCAACGUUGUUACCUUCGCUGGCGGGUCGGUGCGUCUGACCCUGGACAGCGCGGACCACAUAAAUCUUGAAGAUAGGGUGUUGCUGCGCCUCGAUGACGAGUUCUUCAGGCGGCGGGUAUCGGUGCUUCGCAUAAUGUUGUCAACCUUAGACGCCAGCGUAUCGGAAUUGGAUGGGAUAAACGCGUCGGGCAACGAGACAACCAGCGAGUGCAUGGAGUUGCUGCGGAGCCUCUGGCACUGCCGGCGUGUGGUUGAGCAAAAGGAGAACCCGGACAUAGUCGUGAGUUUCGAUGCACGCGGCAGCGACCAGUGUGACCUAUUCAACAACUUCUAUUUCGACGGCGCCAGCGGCCCUGCCUUCGAGGGGAGCGACCUUUUCCGCACUGUGGACGCUCUCGAGCUCUGUUCCUACGCUAGCGAGCUGGUGCAAUACAGCUCAGUGCAGCAGCUGCUGCUUCGCAGUGUGAAGCGCGUUUUACUGUACCACCAGGCUUGCACCUCCCGUGUGGAUGUAUACCGGUCAAUGGUGGCGUGCCUGCAGCGUCGCACGGACGAGCUGGGUUUGGAUACCCUCACGGACCUAAGUGAUCUGGAAGAGAAGUUUUUGGAGGUGUAUCAGGCUUAUUCGUUAGGCGUGCAGGAGGAGCGUGAUUUGGCGGCUUCUAUAGAAGAGAAGAACGGGGCGUUUCUUCGGAUCCACAGCAUGUUGCGCAGUGCCCAGCUGAAGGUCGACGUCUGCAGGCGGCAGAUGCGCUCCACCCAGGCGCGCAUUGACGACAUUCCCCGCCUGCGCGACGACGGGCUGGCCAACCAGGGUCGCCUCGCGCUCCGCAGCGAGCAGCUGAUGGAAUCGAUUCGCGCUGUCAACAGCAGCAUUCUGGAGCUGCAGGGUGAAGUGGCCCGCGUUGAACGUGAGAAGCUGGAGCUGGGCGGUUGUAUCCAGCAGCUGACUGAGCUGUCGUCGGUGUUAGACAAGGGCAUAUACAGCGACAUUAUCUAUGUGAUAGAUUCGGUGAACCACGAAAGUGUCCGUUCCAAGCUUCGCGGGUCGCUAGAAGCCGUUGUGCCCGAGCACGUGGCCGACGGGUUCCUUGACGCAGACACGGUCCAUAGGCUGAAAGCAGAAGUGCUGCAACGUCUGACUGAGGUGCAGGAACGCCUGAGUGCGUUGUGCGAGUCGGACGCGAGCAUCCAGAUCGCCAAGCUGAACAGCCAGGUCAGCGCAUACGAGGACAGCCUGUACCGCACGAACGCCGACCUUCAGAGCGCUCGAAAAUCUAUGGUGACGGACGGCAGCUCGCUUGAGGAGUCGCUUGCCACGCAGAAGCGGCUGCUGGGUAGCUUAGAGAGUACAGUGGGCUAUCUGAGUGGCGAGUUGUCCAACAUCCAGGUGAUCAAGUCAAAACUGGACAAGGACUUGGCCAAGGUGAAGAGUUGCAACGAGGUCGCUCGUUCCGCUCUCGAGCGUCGCAAAGCCACGUUCCUCAGCGGGAUCAAGGAGCAGCGCAAGGCCCGCAUGCGGCUGUUCCAAGACCUGCUCGGCGCCGAGUUUCUGUGCAAGAAGCUCUGCCAGGAGAGGUGUAAGCUUGCUAGGGCGUUGUCCCACAAGCCUCACCUGCUGGAGCCACUGCGGGAACGCCGCGGGUCCGAGCAUUUUAAACGCCAGCGCCUGAUUGAGACGCUGAAGCUCGCAGCCAAGAGGCUCGAGGAGACCGCUAACUUUCUGGAGUGCCCCGAUACUGCGGCCGGCAAGUCGUUUUAA